UAAAUGUCAAUAUGACUUUAUUUAAAAUAAAUAACAUUCAAAUAACACUACUUGCAACACACUUAAACUACCUAACAUACAUACAUUUACAACACAAACUGAUUUUCAGAUCUACAAUAGUAGACAAUACAGCACAGUACAAAGAGCAGAAAAUCAGAAUCUUUAGGAGGAAUUCUUGAAAAGAAAGUUCCACUGAAUCUUAUGAGUGUUCAUCCAUCAUUUCAUAUUCCAAAUAUUCUUGUUUUCUAAUAGGAUAAAAGUCAAUAUACGUUAAAAAUAAAUAAAAAUACUCACAAACCUUGAUUCUGGCAUUGCCAAAAAUUCACAUUUUUAAACAAAAUGCAACAUCUCCUUCACACAAUGACAGUAAAUCUAGCACAGAAUUCCAUUUUUGCCAACAGACACACAUUGAUAAAAAUUAAUGAGAAAGGCUUGUUUGGAGAACAGGCCUCAAAUCUUGUGUCAUUAUAGGGUAAGAAACUAAUGGAGCUGUUGCUCCACUAAUAGACAUUGGAAGUGUCUGAGGACCUGGCUGCUGUGGGUUCUGUUGUUGUCCUUGUUGAGGUGGAGCUCCAGGUUGCUGUGGAGGCUGCGGAGCUUCAACAGCCAAAGUCUGUUGGGCCAUUGUUACCACUGGAGGGGGAAUUUGCACAGGGGCCAUUGAAACUGCAGCUAUUGAAACUGGAGCUCCUGCAACUGCAGCAAUUGAUACAGGUACAGUAGCAACACUAGCUGUCACAGUCCGCAAAGUACUUGCUGCCACUGCAGCAUUCACCAUUUGCUGAGGAGUAGGAGCUUGUGCAGGCUGUAUCUGAGCAGUCAUUGGCUGAACUUGCAUGGUUGGAGCUCCAGUAUUUGUAAUUGUAACAGCAGGCACUGUAACAGCAGUCACGUUGGCAGUUCUUUUUGAGCUCAUCCGAAGUUGGGCAUUUUGAUCAAGUAAAAAUUCAUUUGUUGCAGUUAGAUCAGAAACUUGCUUUUUAAGUUCCUCAACCUUUUUUCGUAAGACUGCAUUCUCUUCUUCAAUUAACAUGCUGCGUGUAUCAGCAUGAAACACCAUGUUAGCUGUAGUUGUUGGUACAGGAAAACCACUUGCAUGUCCAUUUGGAAUGAGAGGAUUUUCACGAACACAGAGGGUAUGUGUCUGAGGAUCAACACUCACAAUAUGACGCCGUUUUAAAUCAGGGGGACACAAUUCAGUGUCCAGACCAAUUCCAGCAUUCGUAAAUACAGUAUCUUCAAAUCCCCGACGCCUUGCAACAACAACAGUGCCAGGACCAGUACUUUGCCACGGAGGAAGAGUGGCAAUGUGGAACCCUAGUUCAAUUUCAUACUCUCUCAGAGACAAAUGUCGAAAUUUACAUUUUCCAGCACGACGACAUGUGCCUUUCAAAUAAUCCUUACAGACUGGUGGAUCUCCUGGAUUAGUAGAUUCGAAAGUAAUACCUUUUCGAAUACUCUCUUGUAAAAUGUGUUCUGGAAGUUCCCCAGUAAGUUUAAAAAAAUGCUCUUCUUCUCUGGUGCAAUGAAUAAAGCGACAAUUGGGCCGAACACAUUGUGUAUUUUGAUAAUCAUGACAAAAUACAUACUCAGCUUUUCCUGCUUCUACAACAGUAUUUGACAAACUUUCUUGCUCACUUUCAUUUGGAUGCAAAAACUUGCAACGUUUCCCUCUCCUACAAACAUUUCGAAGAAAAUCCCGGCACACUUUAUCUAACACAUCACUAUUUGAAGUAUCUGAACCAUUUUCAGAAGACAUUCUUUCCAACGGAGUCUGAUUUUAUAAAAUGCUCAUAAAUCAAAGACCAUAUUCAUUUCUUGAGUCUUGAAACGCAAAUGAUGAAUUUUAAUACACGUGUCAGCAAGCAAACAUUUUCAGAGGAUAUUUGUCACCGGGGCACUUGGCUCCAAACGCACAGUGCAUUCAAUAUAACCACAAUCCACUGAGAAUUAAAUGUCCUCCAAGAACAAAAACAAUUUCGAAGAGUGUAUAACAUAGGAACACAAGCACCGACAGACCACAAGCAUUUUGUGUUCUCGGGUUAAUCAUGCCUCCUAGCGUAAAACUUCGGAACUGAAAAAGUAAGUUCCUCUGUUUUUCUCCAGGGAGCGCGAAAAAACGUUAUAACUCCAGUUGCAACUGAAGAACGCUAAAGAACAAUAGAAAGAAGAAAGUGCCAACGGCAGUCUAACAGAGUGAACCGUAGCGAUCGAUAAAUAUUGUUUACGACGGAUUUGAUGUACAAGACAUCCUGAAGUUAUCAUGUCGGGAAAAAGAAAAGCUGAAGAUGUAAUCGAGGACGGCGAAAACAAGCAGCAAAAAGUAGAAAAUAAUGAGCCUGACAAAGAAAUUGAUGAUAAGGGUGAAGAAAACGGAGCGGUUAAUUCAUCAAACACAGCAGGAAACGACGAUGACAGUGAGGAGGGAACCAAAAAUUUGUCGUCGGAUGCAGAGAAUGAUGAGGAAACGAGUAGAAAGUCUGUAGCAGGCAAUGAAGAAGCAGGAACCCUGCUGAUUUGUGGGAGUACAAAUUGGGAUCUGACUGGUAGGAAGGCAACACCCAAAGGAACAAAAACAGGCGCUGGCCGAAACCUCUGGGUACCUCACCGAUUUUCUCCAUUUAAUGGAAUCCGUGUUCGUCUAGUGUCAACAGGGUGUACUAGUUCCCACAGUAUAAUUGUUACUGAAGAAGGGAAAGCUUUUGCUCUUGGUCGAAAUGAAAAAGGACAGUUGGGUGUUGGUGAUCAAAAUCGUCGUGAUGUUCCAACAGUGAUUGAAGCCCUGGAAUCAAAGAACAUUGUGGGUGCAGGCUGUGGUCGGAAUCAUACAUUAAUUCUGUCAGAUGAUGGUACUGUUUAUGCUUGUGGUGAGAAUAAAAUGGGACAAUGUGGCAUUGGGAAUCAACAUCCAGUUGUAACUACAGCAACUCAGAUUAAUUACAAAGGACCUCCUGUUGUUAAAGUUGGAUGUGGUGGGGAGUUCAGUAUGAUAUUGGACUGCAAAGGCAUUCUUCAUUCUUUCGGCUGCCCUGAGUAUGGGCAACUUGGCCACAACACUGAUGGAAAGUACUUUGUGACAUCAACAAAAUUAGGAUUUCAUUGUGAAACUACUCCAAAAAGAAUAGUUUUUUAUGUGGAGAAAGCAAAGGAUGGUCACAUUAGUCCUGUGGAAGUUAUGGAAAUUAUUGACUUCUCAUGUGGAUCAAAUCAUACUGUGGCAAUAGAUGUUAAGAAAAGAGUUUUUUCUUGGGGUUGGGGUGGAUUGGGUCGACUUGGUCAUGCGGAACAGAAAGAUGAGUUUAUUCCAAGACUUAUAAAAUUCUUUGAUUCCCAGUCUCGAGGUGUGAAGUCUGUGCAUUGUGGAAGUUCUUACAGCUUAGCUCUCAAUGAUUUUGGAGUAUUAUAUCUGUUUGGUCAAACUAAAAGAACUGGUGAGGCAAAUAUGUACCCUAAACCUGUGCAAGACUUAUCAGGAUGGGCAAUUCGCAGUGUUGGAUGUGGCAAUACUAGUAUUGUAAUGGCUGCUGAUGAAAGUGUAAUAGCUUGGGGACCAAGUCCAACAUAUGGAGAACUGGGUUUUGGAGAGAUACGCAAGUCAUCCACAACACCAAUGGAAGUUAAGUCAUUGGAUGGAAUUUAUAUCCAUCAAGUGGCGUGUGGAAUGGGCCACUCGUUACUUAUUGCAAGAGAUCAGUCUGAUCAAGAUAAGUCAAAAUUGCAGAAACUUGCUGUUUAUACUCCGUAAAAUGACUUAAUAUUUUUUUAUAAAACAGAGCUCUUUGAGUGUGGGAAAAUGAGUCUCAGAGAAUAAUAAUGUCUUCAGAGGGCAUUAAAUUGUUUAACUCUGUUGCCAUCCUCAUGUGUCUAUGUACUGGGGAUUCAUGAAAAGUUGUGGAUUCAUGGCCUUCCACUUGCUAUUUCUACAUACACAAUAUGAUUACUUUUAAGUUCAAAUAUUUCCAUAUUUAUGUUUAAAUAGAUCAUCUAGAUUACAAAUUAUAUUCAUCAGUGUGCAGUGAAAAAGUUUAUAAAUUAAAGAGUCUUGUCCCUUAGUUUCAAUACCUUUUUGUAACUUUUGAUUUUUAAUUUUCGUAAAAGAAAUUAGAUAUAUGAUAAUUUCAUAUUUUUCCUUUUGAAAUAUGUAAUUAUCUUAUUUUUUAAAAUAGUUAAACUUUGUAUAUUGUAAACCUUUCUUAAUAGUUUGCCUCCUUUCUAAAAUGUAUAUCCGUUCUGGGAAUUCUAAGCUGGUGAUUUACACAGCUGUUUUUAAUGUCAAUUUUUUGAGAGAAUGGACUGCAUGCAGAGCAUCUUUGCCAUUGAUAUCUUGCUCAUCUCAAUGUAAAAUGUAGGUUGAUUUGUGUUUAUACGUAUGAAGAUAAGAUUUCAAGAAACAAAUUCACAUGUGUUUUUGAUUUCAAUGUAUAUCUGAGUUAACAAAUGCUACCUCAUGCCAUUGGCAAAAUGAAUGUAAAAAAAUAUAUUUAAAAAAGUGUACUUAGUUCACAAAGGAGAAUGUUGAAGGUGUUGUAUCAGAACAGUAAGUAUAAUUUUACAAAAAAUCUCGUUUUUCUGUUAGUUCUGAGUACAUUCCUCUUGAUGUAAUGUCGUGGUUUCCUCUGCAAAUUGAAAGGAUUGUAUUUUCUUCGUAACAGUACAAAAGCUUUUGAAGCUUUUACAGACAAUAUGAAUAAACUUACAUUUGAAAUAAUAACAAUAAAAAUAAUAAUAAUGCACCUUUUUUUUUGUUAUGGUGCCAUUUUUAUACAUUUAAUACAUAAACUGCAAAUAUUUAUGGUCAAAUGAGGUAAAUAUUUUUUAAAUUUGUUUUUGAAUGAGCUAUUUAGAAAAAGGGUUUUAUGUAUUUUCAAAACAAGCACUGUUAAUUCAUGGAUCUUGUGACAUCCUUCAUGUUUGAUUAUUCUUUGUAUCGUCUUGGGAAGGAGAAAAAAUGACCUUGAGUACCAUAAAUCAAAAUUUUUGGUUUAUAUAUUUAAUAUUGUUGAAAUAAUAAUAGUUUUCGUGUAAUAAUGAAAUAAUUUUGCAGAAAUUUGAACAAGCUGCUAUAUAAAAAAAUCUCUUUGAAGAAGUUGCAAAUGUUAUUUACUAUCUAUUGCAACUAUUGUUUUCUCAUGCUUGUAACAUUUAACAGCAUUGAGUUAUUACCUGUCACAAUGGACUUGUAGGAGGAGUUUCACAUAAGUGGGAACAAUAAUGAAUCUUGGAGCUCUAUAUACAUUUAAUAUAAAUAAAUUAA